GCGAUGAGAGCCCGUGUAAAGAGUUCACAUACUUGCGUGCUUCUUCUUAGGUUUUGAUUCAAUGCACCAUGUGGUUUCAUCGAAUACGGUUUGUCGAUUCAUUAUUUGCUCAAUGCUCAGGCGGGAACGCCUUCCAAGGAGCAUAGAGUGCACUUGGCGGGAUGGAUUCGUGUCGGCAAAACUGGUGAAUGAGACGCCGGCCGCAGCCAUUUUGGUGCCUUAAGGAAGAAGCCCAACGCAACCCGACUCAACGCCAUGUCGUCUUCUGAGCCCGCGCAGAAAGCGUCGACGCACAUGCAAGAUGGGCACGACACUGUGGACCGAGACACUGUGUUCGCCAACUACAAGUCGGUGUUCUCCCGGCAGUUUGCGGUGUCACUGGCGGUGGAGUUCAUCGGCACCAUGUUCUUCCAGAUUUUGGGGGGCGCUGCGGCCAAGGACAUGGGUGCAUUUGUGAAUGCCUUUGCGCUGGCGGUGUGGAUCUACGUGGCGGCCAACAUCUCUGGAGGGCAUCUGAAUCCGGCCGUCAGCUUUAGCACCUGCGUGUGCGGCUUCUACCCUCUUCUCCAUACCAUCAUCUACGUCAUCCUCCAGAUCUGCGGGGCCAUUUGUGGCGCCUGGGCCUUGUCGGGCUUGGUCCCGGGCGCCUCCGCCGGGAUGGGCGACGGGGGCCCUGGGUGCUUCGACAGCACCGUGAUCUCGUCCGAGCUCACCGGCAAGCAGGUCUUUUGGUGGGAGUGCCUCAUGACCUUCACGCUGAUCAGCUGCGUCUACGCCUGUGGCGUGGCAAAGCCCGGGCACGGGUCCCACACUCCGCUGGCGGUGGGUCUGUCGCUCUUCGCGUGCGCGGCGAGUGGGGGCCAGUACACCGGGGGCGCCCUGAACCCUGCCCGCGUGCUAGGGCCCUACGCGGUCUUCGAUUGCGGCGAGGACUGGGCCGGCCUCUACGUGGGCGCUCAAGCGCUGGCGGCAGUCUUCGCGAUGUCCGUCUUUGCCUUCGUGUCGGGGCUGGGGCCGUUAAAUCCGCGGAUGUCCAAGAAUGCGCUUGGUCUCUCCUGGCCGGAGGCCAUGUUUCUGUGGAUCACGGGAUCGCCGCCCUCUCGGAUGCAGGUCACCGGCAAGGAGAACAUCAGCGACUUCCGUGUCCAAAUCAAGAAUUACCAUCGCGACAAGAACGUGCGCUCGGAGGGCGAGAAGAAAAACGGCGUGGCGUCGUGGCUGGAGGGGCUCGUUGGCAUCAAGCAGUUCAAGCACCUCGAGGGCGACUCGGAGUCCUCCGAAAUCGCCUAGCGACAAGAAGAAGACGGUGUCGCCAAUGAAAAUGCAUGGGGGACGCAUGAAUGGAUGGGGCCGGUGGCACGUCCGUGAACUGGGAGCUUUGGUACAUGUUCACAAAUAUAGGCGUUAUGUUCACGAAUGGGCCAAAGCUGAGGACUUCUUGAGAAAAAGAAAUCCGAAGAAGUUCAGACGUGUCUCAGGUGGCCCCACCCUGUGCAAGCAUAUCGGGCCGGAAAAUCUGCCUAUGACAGCAUCGAGACCGCUCGGUCGAUUGGUGGUGCCAUGAGAAGAUAUCUCUUUCUGAAAUCUUUUGAAAUCAUGUGGCGGUGAUGGCCCGUUGUCCCCAUGAAUUACAGAAAUUAAGGAUACAUUUUUGCGAUUCUGUCAGACUAAUGGAAUCGCGCAUUUGAUAUCUGGCCUGCGGCUGCCUGAGAAUGCGCAGGGAGCAGGCGUUUAGAGUUGAGGAACCACAAAGCUGGCGCAG